AACCGUUGAUAGUAUUGUACAUUAAUCCGAUAUAUUUGAGUUAUAUUAGUGCUUAAGCAUUAAGCAAUUUGAAAUUCUGCUAUCCAAUACAACGUGCGUAAUCAGUAUGAUGGCACAAAACCAGUUGUUAGAAGAACUGAACUACGAACAAACGAAGCAAAAUGUUGGUGGAAUUAUAUUUGUUACAAUAAUUAUGAUCACCGGAAUAAUCGGGAACCUGCACGUGCUUUUUGUCUACACAUUCCGAAUGAAACCUUCAAAUCAUCGAAUAUUCAUUUUAUCAUUAGCUGUGUUAGAUAUGAUAACUUGUAUCGUCGGUAUGCCUUUCAUCAUUGUUGAUCUGAGAAAUCCGUUGACAUUCACGAUGGUAUCAGCCUGCAAAGUCCUACGAUUCGUCAACUAUUUCAUCUGUAUAUCAUCAGCAUUGAUCUUAACAGUCAUUGCCAUUGAUAGAUAUAGAAUGAUAUGUGUCCCUCUUGGCAAACAAAUUUCAAGACAAAAAGCAAAGAUUCUAAUUGUGGUCUGCAUCGGCAUAUCAAUAGGUCUUUCUUGGCCGGCGCCAGUACUGUUCGGACAUAGCUCUGUCAACACGACUAAUCCUAAUAUUACAGGAAUCCGAUGCUCUACAGAUGAUCAGUUUAAAAACACAAAAUACCAAUCAUAUUUUAAUGCUCUAUUGAUCAUGCUGGUCUUUGGCUUUCUUUCAGUGUUAAUAGUAAUUUAUUAUCGUAUUGGAAGAGUGGUUUCAAAACAUAUGACUUUUAAAAGUUCUGUCCCAGAAGCAACAAGUUCAGACAUUUCGAAAGCCAAAAUAACAGUUUCGACAGACUUGAGCUCAGAAAACAAGUCUUCGAAAAAUGAAAAAGAAAGUAAAAUGACGAAUAAUAUAAACUGUAUAAAUAACAAAAGUAAAGCAGUGCCGUGUAACGAUAUUGUUAUGAUUUCUAAUUUAGAGCAAAAUCAUACCAAACAUAAGCAGCAUGAAAAAUCAAAGUUUAAUCGCGCUAAACGAACAACAUUUAUGUUUUUUCUCCUAACAUUGUUUUUCUUCAUCAGUUACACUCCGCAUCUCACUUUAAAGAUAUUAACAACUGUAAAGACAGGGUUUGUUUCGAAUAUGUCAUUCACUGGUAAAGUAUUGUACAAUACUUUUAUUUAUUGCUUCUUUAUAAAUAACAUGGCAAACUGUUUUAUUUACGGAUUUUGUGACUUUCGAUUUAGGACAGAGGUGUACAACUUUUACAAUAAAUUUCUGUGUAGAAAUAUUUAAAAGUUAGAAGGACACUUGCGUGCUGUCUCUUAUUUAAUUAUGUAUUAAAAGUAAUCAAAGGUACCAGGAUUAUAAUUUAGUACGCCAGACGCGCGUUUCGUCUACAUAAGACUCAUUAG